AUGAAUGAUGCUGAAGUGGCCUCAGUCCUCUCACCGGCCGUCUCCAACAACCACCCCGCUGAACAACGUUUGGCAGACGACAAACGCGAAAAAGCAUUCUUCUUGCCGCCACCCACUACGUCAACACCUCUCAAUGGAGCAAAGGUAGCGGCUGAUGACAACAAUGACGAUGCGAGGAGUGUGAAAGCCGAUUCCGAAGCGGAAACCAUCAUUCAAUCGGGGCGAGAGGAGCUUUCACCCGAAAAAAAGAGACUCCCACAACAGCAGAAGCUUGAGAGCAACGGUGGAAAACGACACCAUCAUGAACCUGCUGGGACGAGAUGUAUUUCAAUGGGCGAUGACUUUAAGGCCAGAAAAAGAAAAAGGAUGGAACAUGACCCUCGAGACGACGAGGCUGGCGGGGCCCGCCAGUCGAGCAGACCAAACUCAAGAUUACCAUCUCCUACCUUGGUCUUAAAGAAAGAAAAGGUGGAGGAGCCCAUAUUUGGUUCCACUACUCGCGCCGUCUCCUUAUCUCGUUCAGAGAAUGGGAGGGUGAUUGGAAGCAUUGAGCAUCAGAAAUAUGUUUCUGGGGAUGGUGAUGAUAACGUUCAAAAUGAAAGGCGCCAUGGAAGACAAGGAAGGAAUGCGUUGCGUGAAACAAGACACCAUUCCUCACACUCCCGUCACCUUUCUCAUGACCGUUCAACAUCUCCAGCUGUUCGCUCACAUAAGCGUGUACUGUCAACAUCAUCACAACCAACGUAUCAUUCACAAAAAAGAAAGCGUCCUCCUUCUCCUCUCCUGACUGGCCGCCGACGGCACAGCUCGGAAGACUCUCUAGCUUCUUCUUCACGUGGUUCUCCGUUGCCGACAGGACGGCGAGUUCGCCACGAAUACAGUGCGACCUCACCUGCGAAACAAAUUCCACUGAUGAAACGGCAACGCGAUCAAAAUGGCCGGACGAGACUGGCUCGUGCCUGCGCUGCCCAAGAAGUGGAGGUUGCGAAAGCCCGCUAUGCAACACAUCCGGAGGAACUAGACGUACCCGACAACGCUGGAAAUACACCGCUUCAAAUAGCAGCCCUUGAAGGAAGUGCCGAUAUUGUUAAAUUUUUGUUGGACUCCGGUUGCGAUCUAAACACAAAGAAUAUUGACAAGGACACCCCCCUGAUUGAUGCCGUGGAGAACGGUCACCUGGACGUGGUCAAAUUGCUGCUCGAUGCUGGCGCAAACCCUCGCGUGGGAAAUGCACAGGGUGAUGAGCCGUAUGACCUUAUUCGAGUAGAGAAUGAAGAUUAUGAAGAACUACGCAAAGUAAUCGAGGAGGCGAAGGAGAGAGGCCCUCAACGGAAACUUUCGGAUACUAGUGGAAGCAUACCAGUCAGCGCCCCCAUCAAGGAAGCGUCUUCCCGUGGAGCAUCAGUAGCAAGUCCUCGAAAUUCGCCGCCCGUUCCCGGAUCCCAUGCUUCAAGAACCUCCCCUCCAAUAGGAUUAAAUCGGCGGAAAAAUGUAAGGAGAGAAGCUACGCGAAAUGAUCUUCUUUGGACGCGGCAAACGUUGGAAAACUUGCGGGACUUUGCGGCUAAAGGGGACAUAGCUGGCGUGGCUAAUAUUCUUAAUGUUCUUCAAAAAGCGGAUUCAGAAUCACUGAUUGCAGCGGCUAAAGGAGGCCAUGAUGAAGUGUUGGGGAUUUUACUGGGGAUGGGAAAUCCGGAUCCAAAUCCAGAGCCGAUUCGGGCAAGUAACCACAAACCAGGAUAUGACACCCCCAUGUUAGCGGCUAUUGGUAGAGGUAAUAAUUCGGUAAUAAAGCUCCUUCUUGAACAAAAGGGCUUUGAUCCUACGCGUACGGAUCAUCGAGGUCGCACCUAUUAUCAGCUAUCUGAAGACCGAAAAGGUGAGGGUUGGCGGGACGAAUUUGAGUUGUUGAAAAAUGCCUAUGACAACUUCAUCAAAUCUUCAAAACCAGGGAGGCCAGAACUCAAAUCGCCCAGAAAGUUUAGGGACUCUUGUAAAGAUUUUCCAAGGCAUUCUCAAAAAGCCUCAGUUUCGCCCGCAUCCUCCCAUCGCAAGCCAGGAAGAAGCCCCGACUCUCGUGCUCAACAAGGGUUGCAAAAUUCCAUCAAAACGAAAAGGGAUAUCAGGAAGGAUGACAGUUUGGAUCGUGCGUCCGUGACAUCGCAUAGAAGAACACACCUUCGAGACGAUACUAGUGAAUACCAAACAGCGUCAGAUCCGGAUUCUAUACGUUCCCGAAUGACGAAACCAAAAUUACUCUCCGACUCUAAAAAAUAUAGCGAAACUGGUAGCCAAAGUGAAGAACCAGUAAAGCGUCGCCGUUUGAUUGCUGGACGCCCCCCGGAUCGAAGAAGAGGGAGUUUUAUGUCGACAGACUCGAAUUCAGCUCGAGACGAUUCAUCAAAGGAGCGACGACCUAACCUUGACCCACGACGUGUCAAGGAAUCUUCUCCGUCGAAACGGUCUCGAGAAAGCUUAUCCCCAAAAACGCCGUCUUCCCGGAUCCGAAGUAAGGGUGGCGAGAGCAACUUCGACGCUCAACAUAAAAGGCGAAAAAUCCGAGCCGAAAAAAGCCCUCCUUCUAAAGAAUCAGCAAGACGACAUUUUACUGAUCACCCCCUGCAUUCAAAUACUCAGCCUAAAGAUCCCAGCCUUCAAAGUUCAAGAAGAACGACACCUAUCGACUGUCUGCUUCAUAGCAAGAAGCUACAAGACUCCGAAAUGGCUCAAGUGCCCUCAAGCGCCACCACUGCCGAUGUUGUGGAUGAUGUUAGUGCAAAGGGGGUGGAACAAGUCAAUAGAUCCCAAAGAAGUGAUCGUACAGAAGAAAAACAUCGUUCAGGUGAGAUGGCGCGAAUUGGUGAUGCGUUGGACGCUAUGACUGUUCGCGAUGUUGACGAAACUCAAGGUUCUGACGUUGGUGUGGCCGAUGCCGCGGCAGCAACGGCAGCAGCAGUGAUGGCAGCGGCAGCGGCAGCAGCACGCAAGCGGGCCGAAGACGAAGAAGACGAAGCGGAAAGACAACGCAAGGAUGCAGAACAGAAACGUAUUAAGCAAGCUGAAGAGGAACGAAGACUGAUCGAGGAGGAAGCCUCCCGCCUGGCAAAAAUCCGCAGGGAACAAGAAGAAAAAGAGCAAAGACGUCGGGAUGCCCUUCCAUUUCGACUACGUACAGCGGCAAAUCUUAUUGCUUCCAAUGAUCCAAAGGCGAAAGACCACGCUUGGCUCAGCAGAUUUAUACCUCUUUUCACUGUCAAGAGAAGAGCAAUCGAUGUUUCCUGCGACGCGGCAGUGGGGGAGGAACAGUGGAUUGUGAACUACCAGGUUGCUCCUCUUCUCGCUACCAACGACCUCCAGCUUUCUCAAUACCCAAGCUGGGAAAAACGAAUCGCGACCCUCGAACAAAGAUAUGGCCUCUGGCGCUUGACCCGAGGCAUGCUGGCUUAUGCUGAGGAACUGUGCCUUCUUAGUUCUUCUCUUGACGACACCAGCCGUCGUAUUGAAGCGAUUAAGCCGAAAUUCUACCUCAUGGAACAUAUAUUUUGGGUAAAGCUAUCUGAUUUUAUGGACUUAGUUCCGCAUAUUCCACAUCUGAAGGAUUUCCAAAUCCAUAUGCGUAACAUGGCUUUUAUGGAUAUGCCUGAGGAGGAACGUGUCUAUGUUCAAUCUUUGCAACAUCGUAGCGGGCAGGCUUCUGACGCUAAUAAUGUUACUUCUCCUGCAAACACCGUUAAUCAUACUAUUCCUACCCUGUGA